UUUUUUGGGAAAACCCAUCUUUGAUUUUGUCUGAUCGUUGUGAUAACAUUAUAUUAAUAAUUGUUAUUUUAUAUGUUAAACGUCAUGUUUAUAUUUUUUUUCACAGUUUAUUUUCUUACCGGUACUAGAUGAAUGCGCGUUGUACGGAUAAUAGACUUAAACAUUUAAUCAUAUAUUAUUUCUAUUUUGUAUUGCGUAGUUGAAUUGGUUAUGAUGUUCGUUUCUUCCACUUUGACUCUUUCGUAGUUUUGGAAAAAUUGUUGCGUAUGGACUUCUGUUGAGAAAUAGUUUUUGAUUCGAUGACAAUAUGUAUGUCAUUGUUUUCAAUGCAAUAUUGGAAUGAAGCAGUUGACACCUGCCCAAUUACUUUAAUAUCCAAUUAAUCAAGUGGUACAAUGGCUGCUUCUGUAGUAGAUAACAAAUCAAAUUCUACUGAAGAUAAUCAAUUGCCAUGUUCAAGUAGCUCAUUAAGUCCUGUUAAUAAUGUACUGACCAAUACAUCUAACUUACAUGAUAAAUCUAAAUUAUUACUUAAAAAUGAGUCUUCUGUACUACAGAUAGAACCCAUGGAAGGUGUGGAACAUGAAUCUCCUGUACAACAGAAUAUGGAAGGUGUGGAGCAUGAAUCUUCUACUCCUAGUAAUGAAAAAAAAAACGAUUUUGAAAUUGGUGAUAUUGUUUGGGCUAAAAUUGGAAGACAUCCAUUUUGGCCCAGCAUGGUCUGUAUCGAUCCGGAAACCAAUGUGUACAUUAAAGGAUCACUUGAAAAUAAAAAACAAUUUUCAUUACACGUUCGAUUUUGUAAUGAUCAUGGCAGAAGGAGUUGGGCCAAAACCGUAGAAAUGUAUUCUGGAAAAGACGAGUUUCUUUCAAAAUAUCCCAAUGGUUUAGCGUUAAUAAAAAAUAGUAAGAAGCAAAUGGAAGUGUGGGAUGGAGCAGUGAAAGAAGCUGAUAAUUGGAUGAAAGUAAAUAAUAGAGAUGAAAGAAUGGUCAGAUUUACAAGAAGAAAUGGUUUGAGUCGUUCCAAAAUAAGUGGUUUGGGUCCCAAAACUAGAUAUACUCCCAAAACUUUUAAUGCUCCCACUCCAUCUACAUCUGCUGCUAUUGCUGUUACACCUCAAGAAUUUUUAGAUAUGCAAAAGGCUCUUAAAACUUCCAUGUCACUUUCAUGUCAACCGAGUACUAGUGGUACGAGUUCUCAAGGGAUAAAUUGUGAGGCUAGUACUAGUGGUUCUAACAUGCGUUCAUGUUAUGUUCAGUUAAAAGAUAUAAAAAAAAAACCUUUGAGAAAACCUAAAGUAGAAGAAGAUGAGGACAGAGCUAUACCACUACCAAAAGUUCAACUACCUAUACCUGAACCACCAAAACCAAAACCUGCCAAAAGAAAAUAUGUUGAUGUAAAAAAGAUAGCGUUAAGGGAAGCUUUAAAGAAAAAAAAGGCCAAGAGAGCAUUACAAGUUAAAAAAUAUGGUUUCUCUUAUUCGUCAUCCGAAUAUGAAAGUACUGAUGAUGAAGCUGUACCAUUAGUACCUUUUAAACCAAAUCGGAAGGUGUUGGAAUCAAUUAAAUAUGCAGUGGCGAAUUUAGAAUCUGAAGGAAUGCAAAGACAAAAGGAAAAAAGAAUUUUGAUUAAAGCUAUAAGGCUUGCUGAAAGAAGAAAAUCUAAGAAAAACAAAGAUGAAGAGGAAGAGGAAGAACAAGAACAAGAACAAGAACAAUAAGAAUAUUUUCCAAGUUUGUAAAGAAUAAUCAUAUUUGGUAGUUUAAAUAUAUUAAUAUAAUGCAACAACUGUACAUAAAAGCAAAGAAAGAAUUAAAGGAAAACAUAUUUAUUUUUAGUACUAUAAGUGAGAAUGACUAAAUUCUACCUUUUAAAAAGAGAAAUAAAAUACUAUUAAGUUAUACAGACAGUCAAAAUAUAGUUAUUUGUUAUGUAUAAUUUAAGGUGCUGCCUAAUAACAAAAUAAACCUGUAACCUCUAACCAGGCUUAAAUUAACUAUAUUUAUUUAAAACUGAAACAAAGUAAUAAUUCGAAAUAUACAAAAAUGUUAAUUAUACUAUUAUAAUUUUUUUUCAAAUUUUUUUUACACAUUUAAGGAAUAAAUGAUUUUUUCACAGUUAGAAUUAAUUUAAGUAUUUACUCAUUCAUGUUGUUUUGUAAAUAAGUUUAAUUAUUAUAAUAAAGGAAUAUGUCUCAUCUAA